AUGUGGAAAUGGUGUCAUAACCAAUACGGUGAGCUAUUUGCGCACGGAUUUGUUCAGUUCGAUGAAGGCAGAUAUAUCGGUCAUAUAUGUGGUACAGUUGGUGCUGGUAGUUCUGAUGAUGAAGAACUUGACGAUGAUGAUUAUGAUUAUGGUAAUGACGAUGAAGAUGAUGAUGAUGAUGAUGACGAUGAUAAUGAUGGAGAUGGUGGCAAAGAGAAUGAUGAUGGUUUAAAAAGAGUUUGAAG